AAUAUUUGAUCUACAACAAUGUAUGCAUACGUUCGUGCUGUUAAGAAACAUAUCUUGCUCCAGUUGUGGAUUAAGGUGUCUAGCACAUUACAUGAAUAAACAACCAAGUCAUUUUCCCCCCACUCGGAGAACUAAUAAUAAUUCAUCAUUUUCUUCCACAAGCAGAUGUUGAUCAAGAUUGAACCUCACUUUAUGCUAGGAGCCUCACCAGAAAACACCUGAACUAUAACUACUCCCUAAAGUUCUACAAUUUCUUGAGACGACAGUUGAUCACAUUCCAGAAACACAAAAAGGAUAAAGGAAACAGCAGUACUGGAUGAGCAAGACCGGUGCUAUGUACAAGUAAGAGGACAUAGCUCUAACCAUGUAUAACCUACAGUUUCACCACAAAUGUAAGAAUCAAGUCAAUUCAAAAGAAGAUGUUGGGUAACUCCUUCGAAGACCAAGUAAUAAAGUAGACCUUCCUGCUAGCGUCCACCAAAGAAUCAGGGUGCAGCAAUAAUAAGGCAGUUCCUUGACUAGUACAAAAUAAAAGAGUUAUACAUAGAGCAACUUGGCAGUUUCUUCCUCCCCCUCCUGAAUGUGUGUACAGCCGCAAGGUUGCGGGUUUGAAUUUUAGGGCAAUCAAAUGCGGCCACGGGUUAGGUCUAUAACAGUACCUCUAUAAAAACCCUUAUAUAUACUGAACAUAAUUCUCCUUGAGCCAACUACAGGCAAAAAAUUGUGACAGUAGAAAUUUCAGACUGCGAGAAACUGUCACUCUAAUAUGACUAGAAUCCAAUAAAAAGGAUGGGAGGUUGCUUAGUGUAGUGGUAAUAUGAUUGGGCUAACAACCAGAAAGUUGUGUGUUUGAAUUUUAUAGCCACAACAAUAUACAAAUAAGGCAAAGGGUAAGGUCUGAACCCAAGUCCACCCCCUCGGUAGCAUCACCAUCAAGAACCAAAUGGAAUAAGUAUCAUAGCAAGGUUUGGGGCAUACAAUGCCUAGAAAAUUCAAUCACACGGUACUCUGUUAUGGCAUUAUGAGAUGACAUUGUUGGGACAUUGCCCAGAAGUGUACAAUGUUGCCUACCGCUACCUACAAAAACAUUACAAGUAUAUAAGAUCUGCGGAAAAAGUACAGUGUUCUGGAUUCGAAGAGGACUAGUCAGGCCAUCAUAACAUAAUCUAUCUCGAAUAAAUAUGCCAGAAGGUAUUCUUUUAACAAUGGUUUUAUCAUGCUAUAUGAAUUUAAGUACAAGAUAAAAUCCUAACCCGCCAGCCCAAGCUGAAACCAUCAACACUUCCAAGCCACUAACAAAAUUAUAUGCACCUAUUUGCAACAGCUGAGUUAAGCCUAUAAAUAUCUUUUCAAGCAAAUGGGUCUCAGUGAAACUACCUUACGAAAAUAAUUACAGAAAUAAAACAAGAAAUUUUGUUUUAGAACUUCAAUAGUUAGUGAGAAAGGAAAAAGCAAAACAAAAACCUCACCAUACUAGGUGGUUCUGGAAAGGCAUCUCUCAAAUAAGCUGCAACCAAUUCAUAUAAACUUCUCUUGGCACCCCGUCCAAUGGUCCAUGAGCUAGAAUAAAAAACCAAUAUCUAUAAUUCAAAAUUUAAAAUAGACACAUAGUGCGACAAGUGGAUAGCUUACCUGAACAAGCAUUCCAGGGGGUUUAUUGAUGAUGGCCAAAUUGUGAAAAUUAGAAAGUGAAAAUAGGUUAUACAUGGAAGUAACUAAAGAAAGCAAUGUCAUUACCAUCUAAAAAAGCCAAUAUUUCAGGACCAUAUAUCAAGGGAAAGAAGAAAUUUCAUUUCCACUUCGUGGCAAUGCACUCAGUUUUCCCAUUAGGAAACUCCAGUAAUAAGAUGAUCAAUUGAUGCUGUUGGGACCUAAUGAUCUAACCAAAUUACAUGAUCUAAUGAUGUGUGAGCUGACAUAGACUUUCCACAAUAACAUAUUCCCUCAACAAAAACUUCAUGAAAAUUUACAUUGUUUAAAUUGUUUAAUUGUUGUAUACUUACCAGAUGAGACCAAACCAAUUUCAGAUUUUAGGUUUAAUUUCCCCCCACCACCGGUUCACCCGCCAUUGCCAUCUCCAUCGCCAUAGCCGCCACACCCGAUGCUGGCCAUCAACGCCAUUGUUUCCAUCGUCACAAGACUUACAACAUUUAUAGGCUCUCUCCUACAAUUCCUUCUUUCUUCUUUCUUUACCUUUCUUUCAUUUAUUUGCUUUCUUACCCCUGGAUGCUCAUCAAGACUAGAAGAUGAUAUUGUUGUGGUAGCAUUGAGACUUCCUUUUUUGUUGGGAAAAAGUAUAUACAAUGCCAUUAGGAUUCUAUGUAGCCCAAAUAUAAUUCUUCAAUCAAACGAUAAGUUUCUAAAUCAACUUGUAAUUCAUUUUGUUCAAAUACCAAAACUACUUUGGUUUAACCAAUAAGUUUCUAAAAUCUAUAUGGAUGAAUGUUGCGUGUAAACUGUAAAGUAUAUGCUCUUUUAUCUUAUUAGUUCAAAUUUGUAUUCCUCUAGGAGCCUUAAUUUCUUACAGUUUAUCAUUACUAUUCUCUGAACAUGCCAUUUACCUAGAUUGAACAUAGUAGCACCGAGUGUGAAACCAAUCACCCAAAAAGAGACAUUGAUGAUCAGUUUCCACAAAAUUACACCUUCCCAAUAAAAAAUUCAUUUUAUUUGUUCGCCAAUCUGACUACAGCCGAAAUAUGGCAUCAAUGAAUUUUCAUGGAGAUCAUCUCCCUUCACCUUAAAAAGAUUAAAAUGACCAAAAGAAAGGAAGAAACAUAUAAACUAAACUUAGUUUCAUCAAUGAUGAUCAUCUAAGUUGAUAAUGAAUAAAAAAUAAUGCACAAACCAUAUCUUGAAGCACACUACUUAUCUUAGAUUUUACAGGAUGAAAUGAGAAUCUUCAACUAUGGAGAUAGUUUAGGAACAUGAUUGGAUUGAAAAGGAGGAUAUAACAAUAUGUAGAUGAUAAAGUAGAAGAGCCUAGAACUUGUAUGAUGCUUGAGUUUUGAUGUGUUAUUUGCUUAUUACCCAAUUUAUGGUAAGGUAUUGGGGUUCUAAAUGAAGAGAAGACACUUGAUAGGGCUUUGAACAGUAACUUAAACAGUAAAAUAGGCUAUAAACAAUGAUGUGAAGAGUGUAUUUGACUAGGAAUCACUCCUAGGGUUCCUUAGGCCUCACAUCUAGGAUUAAAAUUGCAU